UGCUUGACGCCACGGCACUCGCCCUCACGUUUCCUCCCCUCUCCUCUCCACCUUACGUUUCUCAACCGCCCACUCGACAUUUCUUCUUCACUUUAUAACAACAACAACGCCCCCCCCACUUCAGAUAUUUUUCUCUCUCAAUAUCUCUUUCAAUUUUUGUAGUGAAGAAUACAUACAUACAUACAUACAGAGAGAGAGAGAGAGAGAGACGUACGGCGCUAGCAGAUGGAGUCGGAGAGCACUCACCCAGAUGGGGAAGAGACCCCAAGAACAAUCUCCGCCGUAGACCAAACCCUCCUCCUCAUCCAUUCCGACGACCCUUCUUCCCAAAUCCACGCCGCCCAAGAGAUCCGCCGCCUCACCAAGACCUCCCACCGCUUCCGCCGCCACUUCUCCUCCGCCGUCCCCCCUCUUGUCCUCAUGCUCCGCUCCUCCUCCCCCUCCGCCACCGAGGCCGCCCUCCUCGCUCUCCUCAACCUCGCCGUCAAAGACGAAACAAAUAAGGUUUGCAUUGUGAAUGCUGGUGCCCUAGAACCAAUCAUCAGUUUCCUUCAACCGGGGAGUUCAAAUCUGCAGGACCACGCAACUGCAUCUCUACUCACGUUGUCCGCUUCCUCUGUCAACAAACCAAUCAUUGGUGCUUCUGGUGCCAUCCCCCUCCUUGUAGAAAUCCUAAGACAUGGGAGUCCACAAUCCAAGGCUGAUGCUGUACUCGCACUUUACAACCUCUCAACAUACUCGGAUAAUCUUAGCUUAAUUCUAGAGGCAGAACCCAUUCCUCCUCUAGUUGACCUGCUCAAAACCUGCAAAAAAUCUUCAAAAACAGCUGAAAAAUGUACUGCUCUUAUGGAAUCUUUAGUGGGUUUUGAUGAGGGCAGAACAGCGUUGACAUCUGAAGAAGGUGGAGUGCUUGCAGUGGUGGAAGUUCUGGAAAGUGGGUCUCUUCAAAGCCGUGAGCACGCAGUAGGGACACUUCUGACAAUGUGUCAGACAGACCGAUGUAAAUAUAGGGAGCCAAUCCUUAAAGAAGGUGUGAUCCCUGGGCUUCUUGAGCUCACCGUUCAAGGAACACCCAAGUCCCAGUCGAAAGCACAAACGCUCUUGCGGUUAUUGAGAAACUCUCCUUACCCGAGAUCUGAGCUCGAGCCUGACACGUUAGAGAAUAUAGUAUGUAAUCUAAUAUCGCAGAUUGAAGACAAGGAUCAAUCUGGGAAAGCUAAGCAGAUGCUAUCGGAGAUGGUACAAGUUAGCAUGGAACAGAGUUUGAGACAUUUACAACAAAGGGCUCUGGUAUGCACACCCGGUGAUCUGCCUAUUGCUAGUUGUGCUUCUGAAGUUUCUUCAAAAUGAUUGUUUGGUGUAUCAGUUUUUAUCCUUCUUUUUUCUGUGUUUUCUGCCUCGUUUCCUGUAAGUAUGGGCUUUGUGAGAACAAAUUUCUACAGUAGUAGGAAAGAAAUAAGGUAUAUAGUGAAGAAUGCCAGUCCAGGCCUUUGUGAUGGUACCAGGUGACUGGUAAGUGUCAAUAAAGUGGAAAUUGUAUGUGAGGUUCAAAAGCGUCUUAGUUUUUGUAGUUGGUUCCUGUAAAAUGACUGAUAUAUUAUUAAAUGUUAUACAUUAUAGUUUUCUUUCUC